AUGGGUGGAGCCUGGUUAUUUAUUCUAGCAGUUGUCGCCAACUGUGUCAAUUUGUUUGGUCAAGUCCAUUUCACUAUUCUUUAUGCUGAUUUAGAGGCUGACUAUAUCAAUCCAAUUGAACUAUGUUCCAAGGUGAACAGACUGAUUGUCCCUGAAGCUGGGUUGCAUGCGGUGAUUUCAACCUUAAUGCUAUUCAGUGGGUAUUGGUUUGUAUUCUUAUUGAAUUUACCAAUUUUUGCUUACAAUUUGAACAAGAUCUAUCACAAGACUCAAUUAUUGGAUGCUACUGAGAUUUUCAGAACUUUAGGAAAACAUAAGAGAGAAAGUUUCCUGAAGUUAGGGUUCUAUUUAUUGAUGUUUUUCUUCUAUUUGUAUAGAAUGAUUAUGGCAUUGAUUAACGAAACAGGCAGUGAUUUCUAG